GAGCUCUGGGUGGAAGCAAAUGCAAUCUUCAGCAACUCCUGGAUCAAUCAACCCUCUGCCCUUCACAUCAAGGGUUGACCUAACCUUAAUACCAGGUGACAGUGCAGAGGUCAAAGAUUUUCAGUCUCAGGCAAAGAUUGAAACAAUGAGCCCAAUCUUUGCGUCCAUUCCCUCAACAACUCCUUCUCCUUCUUUUGCAGUGUCUGACGGCCUGUCUAGAUUUAAUUCUUUACUCCAUACUUUUCCUGCCUCUUCCUUUGUUCACUCUACCACUCCUCUUUAUUCCUCUGGAGGUUCAACCCUGGUAUCGAUACAAACUUCUGUCACCCAUGCUCCUUUCUCACCUUCCUUCUUUUCAUCCUCCAUGAAGAACCAAGCCAAAACAGCUCCAGCCCUUUCUGCUCUACCUUCUCCCACCCCAAUCUCCAUUCCUCCUCAUUUGCCCUCUAUCCAACCUUCCUCAACUUCCCCUAGGCCAUCCUCCUUCAACUCUUCUACCAAAUUCUCCUCAAACUCCAACUCCAACUAUCCAUCGCCAGCUUCCUUCUUUUCCUUAGUCUCUUUAUCUACUUCUUCCUCUACUCUCAUGGCCUCCUCCCAGUCUAUCACAAGUUCAACCUAUUUGUCGCCAUCUUCUUCCACCAUCUCUCCAGCACUCUCCUCUUCCUCAUCGGUGUCUUCCAUUUCUUCUCCUUCUAUUCCCCCUUCACCUCCUCCUUCUUCCUCAUACACCUCUACCUCUACCUCAACAUCUUCAUCACUGGAUUUCACAAACCCGUCUGCCACCUCUUCUUCUAUGGUGUCUUCGCAGUCUACUUCCCCUCUCCCAGGACCCUCUCCAGUUCCCCGUCGCUCUCUCUACAACCCCCUGACAUCAACCUCCUCCCCUGUGCCUUUCCAACAACUCACCCCUGGUCAGAGGUUGCCCGUCCAGAACCACAUCACAUCAUCUGAUCCUGGGCCUAGCCUCAACCUACCAACAUCAAGAACUGUGGUUCACCCAAACCCUGAACCCCAUCCAAACCUUGACCCAAACUUCAAACUAAAUCGUGGCCACGAGUUAAAACCAAACCUUCCCAACACUGACACUAAUCCCAAACUCAAACGCCCCUCAAAUCCCCCUGCAACUCCAGAUAAGGAGGGGAAGUAUCCAGACAUUAUCCCCAGACACAGUGCGUGGGAGCUGGGCAUGCUGCUGGGCUGCUCAGCUGGCUUGGGCAUGGUGCUGGUGGUGGGGGUAAGGUACAUGUACCGCCAGGCCUGUGGCAAACGGACAGAGGUGACGCUGAAUGACAGGGAGAGAGAAUAUGGGAGAGGAGAGAGAGGUCUGAUCCAUGUUCAGGAGUGUGGAGAUUUGGUCCGAGUCCGGAGAAUCAGAGAGAACAGUUUUGUGCUGCUGGCAGAGUACGAUAUACUGGCAUCACCUGGAGACUAAAGACUGCUAAUAUAGA